AUGACGACCAAUUACAGAUCGAUAAAGACAUCGGUGGACUACAAAUACGGGUAUAUGAUGAAACAAGGGAUCGGGGAAGAAAAGAGUUGGAGAGCAAAGAAGGACCAUCCAUUUGAUGACCAUGCAGGGAGAACAAAAUCGGGACAAAAUAACACCUCGUUGAAUAACACCUCGUUGAAUAACCCCCCUCCGAGGCGCUUCCAUUUUGAAAAUGGAAGUGCCAAAUUGGUGGAAGCGAAAAAUGGCUACAAAGAUGACACAUUAGGGAACUCCACGAGGGAAGACAACACAGUCACCCCGUCGAAUGGGAAGAAGCGCCAUUGGAUAGACGGACGGAAUGAAAAGAGUCAACAUAGUGAACAAAAUUUGAAGAGGAAAAAAAUAAAUGAAAUUAUAAACAAGUAUAGGAAAAAUAUGACAUUAUCGCAUGUUAGAACAAGUAGUGAAGACUCAGUUAACUGUGACGGAGUCAAUUCAAAGGAAGAUGGGCGUAACUCCCAUUUUGAUGGUACCCACAAUUUGAGGGGGAGUAAUAAUGUCCGUUGUAUAGACGCAGAUCAGGCAAUUAAUCUGCAGGGGGAAAAGAAUCCCCGAGAUGGUAAAAAGAGCCAAGUAUAUGGUAAGCACAAGGGUGAAAAUCACCAGUGGGAUACGUUACGGUCUCUUCAAAGGGGACAUAAAGAAAUGAAAGAAAGUUCAACUCAGGACAUUGCUGCACCUCGAAAAGGAGAAGGAAGUGUGAACUGGUCAAGAGAGAGCAUCUCGAAAAAGAAUUUCGAACCAACAAAAAGUGGUGAACAUGGCGAGCGAAGUUAUAUGAGUAGGUAUCCCCUCCUUUUGGAACAACGAAAGAAGGAAUACUAUUAUGGAAGCUCCGAAAAUUUGAUAACUCGGAAAAAUUACGGCAUUAGUUUGGGUUAUAAAGACCGCGAUGGUCAAGGGGAGGCCAAAAGUAAUUCAAAGCUUCCAUCCCUUUUGAGCGAAAGGAAAAAUGAGGAAAUGGAAGAGUCAGAACCUCCUAUUAAACUGCAUGCACACAACGGAGCAGAUAACCUUUUGCCCAGUUUUAAUCUCCCCAAGGUGUAUUACUCCUCCGAAGGGGAAAAGAAGAAUAGCACACUGGACACCCAUGGGGGUCUCUCCUACGGGGGGAGGGACCUUCAAAAGGGUAAGAGCAACGGUGACACAAGUCGGGGUGAUACAAACCGGGGUGGCACCGACCGGGGUGGCAUCGACCGGGGUGGCAACAACCGGGGUGGAAACAACCGUGGUGGCACCCACCUGUGUGAUGAUGAACCCGCCUCGAAUAGUUAUGACGCACCCGUGGGCACGGAAAAAAGCAACUCUUUAAAUUUUGAGAAGUCCACCGCUCUUCAGGGCAACCUAAUUAAAGGCACAACAGAAGGGACCUCCAAUGGAAAAUUUUCCCAGUUUAAUAAACUGUUUAAUGAGACUACAUUCACGGAUGAUGAAAAAAAGAUCAGAGAAAGGUUUGAGCAAGUCAAACAAAUGGAGAAGACGAUCGGUUUUGAGGAGGGCAUAUCUGAUGAGAAGGGAAAGGGAGAGGAUCAGCAGAAUGAAGGAAGGAAAGAAUUACACCAUGUGAGCGAGCCCCUGGGCGGAGCAGGUAACGGAAUGAGGCGUAGCGAAGGUGGAGAAGGUAGCGGCAAAGGUUGGAAGGAAGCGAGAGAGGAGAAAACAAAUGGGGAGAACCAAAUUGGUGAGAAAAAUUCCCCACUGGGGGGUAAAGAAGCGUUAAGAGGUACUGCUAAUAAAGAGCUGACACCAAAGAGGGAUACCAAGUUAAGUUACACUUUCGAAAUUGGGGAGACCAAACCUCAAGGAAAGAAAGAAGAACAUCGACCGGAUGAGGGGAAAAAUUCUUACCUUCACCUGGAUGAUAUAAAUGAGUACCCACUUGAGGAAAAAAACAUACGCAACUUCAAGAACCAGGGGAAAUACGAAACGGUUGAGGUGAACCGUCCUAGUGAACAACACAUGCAUGCUGGUGAUAAGCCAUCCCCAUGGAUGGUGGAAAAUAAAGAUAGGGAGCUCUCUCUUUACGAUAAGAUUAAACAUUCUGUUCUGAGUAAAGGGGAAAAGGAUCCUCAAUGGAAAAAAGGAGAGGAGGUAGACAUUCGCCACGUGGAACCCAUUUCGGAUUAUAGCAGAAAUGGGCUUAGAUUCGAACAGAGUAAAAAAUGGGAUGACUUGAGGGAGAAGUAUCUAGACCUGAAAAGAAGACAUGCCAUUGGUUCGAAUGGAGAAAAGAAGAAAGGAGAAGAAAAUCGUUACGCUUUGAGGGAAGAGAAGGAAAAAGGCACCUGGAUGUCGAGCCAGGAAAGGGACAAACAGUGUAACUUGAGGGUCGGAGGAAAAACGACCUUGGGGGGAAGUGUCGCAUCAAGAAAUGGAGUGUUGCCCCAUUUAGUUGAAGAGGCCCCCCAUUUGGAUCAAUCGCUUAGGAAAAAGGUAGAGCAAAGAGGAGAAAAAAGGGCAGAAGCCGAAAAGGCGAAGGGGAAGACCACCAAUUCGCACAUCUAUGCGUUAAGUAACGAUAAGACAGUUGAGUAUAGGAGGAAUGGCUUACCAACUCGUAGCGAAGGUACUGGAAACAGCAUCGGCAACCGCAAGCGAAAUUGGCAGAACGAGGAGGGGGGGCGCACAGAGAAGCAUUCCAAUCAGGCAAUUACAGAACGGAUGAAAAGCGGCAAAGAUAAAAACUUCGUCAAUGGAGACCUGCGUAAGAACUAUGCCCGUAGCCCAGCCCGCCAAGGAAGUAGCGGAAAGAUUGCAGAAAUAGAAAAAGGUUGGAAAGUUACCUCCACGAAGGUGCAAAAAAGGGGAGAAACCCAAUUUGAGGUGUUCACCACAACAGAAGGCAAGAAGAAGGAGAAGGAGAAUUCUGCACAUGUCGGUAUGGCCAACACAAAGGACACGAUCGAGGAGAAGGAUAAAGGAGGGACACUCCCCAGUGAGGAUCACAUUUUAAAAAAAUACCGUCAUUUUUUGAGGAAGUCAUCCCCACGUAAGAGUCCAUACGUAAGAGCCAAUAAAGUGAGCGGGUCCCCAAAUCAACUGCUUCACGAAAGUGAAGAGUUAAAAGGAAAGGGAAAAAAUAACCAACCUGUGAAUAGCCUAAGGGAGGAGAACAACCGCAGUGGUGAAUUUGCGCAACGAACAGAUUUGACAAAGAAGAAACCUUCCAUGGUGAGAGGACUGUCAGGUGAGGAGUACGUAGAAAGGAUAAGCAAAAUGAAGCCUCAGACGAAGGAAAAAAUCAACGUAGGAGUUAAGAGCAAAGCGAAAAAUCCACUCUUCUAUUCGACAAAUGUCCAAACGGGUAUGCACAAAAAGAACAUCGUUGAAACUAGUCCAAACGAUCUGCACGUGUCGAAUAUAGAUAGCCUUGAGGAAAUAAAAAAAAAAUAUGAAAAUGUGAUUAAACGAGUGAAGGAAAAUCUUUCUAGGGACAACAGCUAUUCGAAGUUGUACAGAGAGGGGAAAAGAACCAACUCGAAUGAAAGGAUAAAAGAAAAUUUAGGCAUGAUUAAGGAACACUUUAAUCAAGAAAAAAUGAAAAUCGAUGAGGAAAACAGAAUGAGGCAUGAAAUUAACAUGAAGAGGAAGUUGUACGAGUUAAAGAUUAGGAAAGACUUUGAGGAGAAAAUUAGAAUUCGCAGGGAGAUGAACGAGAGGAAGGUCAUGGAGGAAGGUUCCAGCGGGCAGGCAGACAACGUCCCUGUGGAAGAAGCGGAGAAUGGCGCACGUGAGGGUCGACACGGAGGUGCAGCAAAGGGAAAGGAGGUGCAAUACGGGAAGGAGGUGCAAUACGGGAAGGAGAUGCAACACGGGAAGGAGAUGCAAUACGGGAAGGAGGUGCAAUACGGGAAGGAGAUGCAACACGGGAAGGAGAUGCAAUACGGGAAGGAGGUGCAAUACGGGAAGGCGACACAACAGGAGAAGCAGAGAGACGCAACAAAACCGGGAAAGAACAAACAGAAGAAAAACAUCUUUGAAGAUUACUCCAGCGAUGGAAGCUAUUACAAAUACAUGUACAGAAAUCUUUAUGAAGAGACAUGGAACAGCCAAAUGAAAAGUCACUACCACGAUGUGGGGGAUAAUUUUUACCUUCAAGAUUGCUCAGAUCAUUUUUUCCACAAUGUGAAGGCACGCCCUUCAGUUUCCGAUUCCCUUUCGAACAGUUUUGACAAUGACUUAAUAUCACUGAGCAGAAUAAAGUUUGACGAUUUCGACUACAAUUAUUUGAACGAGAUUAACAGAUCUGUGUCGAAGAAAAGGGAAGACCCGCGUCAUUCACUCGGUGCACGUCAUUCACUCGGUGCACGUCAUUCGCUCGGUGCACGUCAUUCACGCCAUUCACUCGGUGCGCGUCAUUCACGCCAUUCGCUCGGUGCACGACAUACACGCGGUUCGUCGCACGGGGAAGAGGAGAUGGGAAGAAAUCCCAAUCUGUUGAAGCCGAAGGUCAUAUUGACCGACAGCGAAGCGAGUCCCAGAAGGAAACGAGCACAAGGGAAUACGCAAAGGAAUACGCAAAGGAAUACACAAGGGAAUACACAAACGAAUGGUGGAGGCAUGAACAAAAGUAGCUUUAGCGAUUCGUCUUUAAUCAAAAGGAGAGCGAGGCGUGGGGGCAGAAAAGCCCCCGAUAGCUCGCGUAUCCCUCCGGACUUCAGUGCGUACAAACAAAAGGACAGUGAGAAUAUUCUGAACAAGCUGCUACUGAUAAAGCACCAGAAUAGGGCGCGAGCGGGGGAGCCGCUUGAAGAGGUGCAAGUAGAUGAAGAGGUGGAAGCAGACGUGGAGAUGGAAACGGACGAGGAGGUGGAAGCAGACGUGGAGAUGGAAACAGACGAGGAGGUGGAAGCAGAAGAGGAGAUGGAAGCAAACGAGGAGGCGGAAGCAAAAGAGGAGAUAGAACCAAACGAGGAAAUUGAAGCAGAAGAGGAGGCGGAAGCAAACGAGGAGAUAGAACCAAACGAGGAGAUAGAACCAAACGAGGAGAUAGAACCAAACGAGGAGAUAGAACCAAACGAGGAGAUAGAACCAAACGAGGAGAUAGAACCAAGCGAGGAGAUAGAACCAAACGAGGAGAUAGAACCAAACGAGGAGAUAGAACCAAACGAGGAGAUAGAACCAAACGAGGAGAUAGAACCAAACGAGGAGAUAGAACCAAACGAGGAGAUAGAACCAGGUAGAGAGACUGAAGCUGAGGGAGCGAUCGAAUCAGAUGGCGAAACUCAAGUGGAUGAGGAAUCCCCCGUGGAGGAAGAAAAAAAAAACGGCGUGGACGAAGUCACCCUGCAAAAUGACCCACCUGAAGAGGAGGAUGCCCAUCUCGCCAAAAAGAAACGGACACGAAACAAACCAAGCUGCAGUAAUGGUAAUAACACGGGGGGAGGUAACCCCGCCGUGCAGAAAAACAGCAGCACAGGGGAAGAACAUCCGACGGGAAUAAAAGAAUCCAGUUUGAGAGAAACGGAUGUGGAAAAAAAAAAAAAAAAGAAAGAAAGGUAA